GCUCCAUGUAGCCGGAUGACGUGUGUGCACGGACGUAAACCAGUGACAAAUUUUACGAGCGUGGGCCCAGCCCAGUUCAGACGGCCGCAACGGGCUUUAUUGGGCCGGACCACCCUCAUAUUGGGCCCAGCAUUAUUUAUUUUUCCCGAGCCCUCUCCCCUUCUCCAAAGUCCAAACCUCUUCCCGGUCUCCCCCAAAUCUUCCACCCGCGCGGCGCCGAUGGAAUCCGACGGCGAGGAGGAGGCGGCAGCGGCGGCGGCGGCGACUCCGGGGGCCGGGGCAGCGCCGCCGGCGGGGCGGCUGAAGGGAUGCCCGGAGCUAUCGGUGGACGGCGACAUGCGGGAGAUGGCGAAGACGGCCGCCUGGAGCGUCAGCUCCUGCAAGCCCGGCAACGGCGUCGCCUCCCUCCGCGACGACAGCCUCGACACCUACUGGCAGUCGGACGGCGCGCAGCCGCACCUGGUGAACAUCCAGUUCCAGAAGAAGGUGCAGCUGCAGCUUGUGGUGCUAUACGUGGAUUUCAAGCUCGACGAGAGCUACACGCCGAGCAAGAUCUCUAUUCGGGCUGGAGAUGGGUUCCACAAUCUCAAGGAAAUUAAAACUGUCAACCUGUUGAAGCCAGUUGGAUGGGUUCAUAUAUCACUAUCUGGAGCUGAUCCCCGAGAAACAUUCAUUCAUACAUUUAUGCUCCAAAUUGCGGUGUUGGCCAAUCACUUGAAUGGGAGGGAUACUCAUAUCCGACAGAUCAAGAUAUAUGGACCACGACCGAACCCUGUUCCCCACCAGCCUUUCCACUUCACUUCCAGGGAAUGCAUCAUGUACUCCACUGUCAGGUGACAAUCGAUGAACCUAGUCGCCUGGAAUCCUCCACAUCUGAGUUAGUUCCGUUGAGGUGCGGAUAACCUUGAUUGCGGCCUCCAUGCUUCAUUCUUCCAUGACGAAGCUGAACAGCCAGAGGAGAUCAACACCGGGGUUAAGUCACCUGUCGAAUCGAAGCAUCAGGUCUUUUUUAACAUCUAGAGUACGGAGUACUCUAUGUAAGCGGCGUUGUGCUUCAUCUGGCUGUACCAGUUAAAUCUUUUGCACGCAUGUAACCAAACAUUAUACCUGCCAUUUUCCAUCUGCCCUUGACUUUUCUCAUCCUAAGUUGGGCCACGCUUGGACUUUCCAAAA